UGAAGCAUUCCUGUUAUAGAGAUAGCAGCUCAUCUAUUUGAGAUGUUCUCCAUGGGGAACCGAAAUAUUGUUUCCAUCGCUGCCAUAAUUGCAUCAAUCCUUGGAGUCUUCAUACCAAUCCCAACAGGGGCGCAAUUGAUUGGUGUUUGUUAUGGAAUGGCUGGAAACAACCUGCCUCACCCCAGCGAUGCAGUGAAAUUAUACCAGUCGAAGAACCUAAAGGCCAUGAGGCUUUUUCAUCCAAACCGAGCCGUUCUCGAGGCUCUCAAGGAUUCCAACAUUCAACUCAUGUUAGGGGUUCCCAACACCGAUCUCCGAUCAUUAGCCACCAGCCGUUCAGCAGCCAAACACUGGGUGCAAAAAUACGUGAAGGCCUAUUCCCAGCGCGUCUCAUUUAAAUAUAUUGCGGUUGGCGAUAGGGCGAUCCCAGGAGACCAAGCCCGGUAUGUGCUUCCAGCCAUGAGGAACAUCCAUUCUGCUCUGUCCUCGGCCGGCCUGCAGGACCGAAUCAAAGUCUCCACCUCAGUUGCCACCGGACGUGAGGUCCUGGAGCAGUAUUCUCCUCCCUCGUCCGGGAGAUUCUCUUCUCAUGCAUCGACACAGUUAACACCGGUAGUUCGAUUUCUGGCCAAAAAUGGAGUCCCACUCCUCAUAAGUGUGUUCCCCUACAGAAGAUAUGUUGGUGACCCGAACCAUAUUGGGGUCGACUAUCUCUUCUUUAAUUCCUCAAGGACUGUCGUAAAAGACGGACAGUAUAGCUAUCAGAACCUCUUUGAUGUAAUUGUUGAUGCUGUUUACGUUGCGUCGGAGAAGGUGGGAGGGACCAAUUUGACGGUCGUGGUAUCGGAGAGUGGUUGGCCGUCGGCUGGUGGCUUUGGAGCAACGAAGGAACAUGCAAGGGCGUACAAUCAGAAUUUGGUCAACCAUGUUGGCCAAGGAACGCCAAGGAGACUCUGGAAGUCCUUGGAGACUUACGUAUUUGAGAUGUUUAAUGAGAACCAUAAGCCACGAGGAACAGAGCAACAUUUUGGGAUGUUUUACCCAAAUAUGCAACCAGUCUACCCCAUGAACUUCAAUUAAAAUAUGAUCGAGGACUACGAAUAGACGAUAAUAUCUAAAAAUAUAGGGUUGGGAGCACGUAUAAUGUCUAGUUUUUCCUUCUUCACUGUAUCUAUCUCCUUAGGAAAAUCCAUGUCGUGAUGAACUUCCCUUCUACUUGUAAUAUUUCAUGAAUAAACAUAUCAUCAUGCACCUUGGAUUUUUUAGAUCAUAUG